UCUGAGGAUAGUGACUCACACGAUGAGAAGUUAGAAGCUUGUUUUAUAUGUUUUAAUGUUAAAGUGUAAAUCUUAAAGGCUGUUACUUUCCCGCUGGGCCUGUGACGAGGUUUUCCCUUCCUGGGGGGAACGUAGUUCUGCCGUGUCGGCCCGCCUCACCUCUUUCACAUGACCUGGUCUUGGAGUGGUUACGAGUCGGUGGUUCCUCCCCACUGACACUCUUCGUUCUGCGUGAUGGUGAGGAGCUUAAGCAGGACAAAGAUGAUCGAUACGUCGGGAGGACGGUCCUGACUGAUGGUUAUUCUUUGACGCUGCUCGAUGUCCAAUCGCAGGACAACGGCACGUACAGUUGUGUCUUUUGGAGAGGAACACAACGUCAACACCAGGAGUCCGCCUCUCUCAUUGUUGCUCGGGUGUCUGAAGUGAACAUCUCUACCUCGAAGGUGGCGUCCAAUGAGCUGCUGUGAGUCCCGUGACUGGUACCCGCCCCCGCAGGUGUCUCUGCUGGACUCGACCAGAAAGGACCUUCACGCCCCCACUAAGCGUUCAACCGGGCGAGACGGCUCGGUGUCCUUCAACGCGACCCUUAACCUGGACAAAGCAAAGCUAACAGGAAACGGAACCGUUAUCUGCAGAGUGGAAAUCCCAGAAAUGAACCUGGUGAGGGAGAGUCAGGUUGAUGUCGGAGAAGGCUUCAGUCCCCAGGAGGCAGGAUCCCUAGCCCUGGUCAUAAGCGUCCCCUGUGUUUUGCUGCUGCUUUGUAUCAUUAUCAUCUGCGUUACUGUUUACUGUUGGAGGCGUUGGCGAGAGCACAUCUUAAGAAAGACCAAACCGAAGAAAGGCUCAGGAGCCAGUGAAGAUUAUUUACUAGAACACUUUGGUUCCGUGGAGAAAAGUGCUGGAGCGAUGGAAGAUAAUGAAACAUCAGAGGGGAAAUCUGAAGCAAGGGACGUGCAUGCAGACAUCAUGAAUGUGGAAACAACGGGCGCUAUUCAGACGGCGAGGGUAAACAGGCUGAGUAAGACCGGAGUUGAAGCUUCAGAAGAGUUGGCAGAUAGAGACCUGACUGAGAUGAUAAAGUACGAAGAUGACAUCCUGUUCGUGGGAAAACAACGUGGUGUCCAUCCUGCCCUCAUCACCGCCAUCAUCUCCAGACAGUCUCAGGCUGGAAAAAGCCUGACUCUGACGGGUUAUGGAAAGUUUGACCAUGACUGCUUCGGCCUCAUGCAGAUCAAUAAGCUUUACCACUACCUGGAUGAACAUACAGGACCGUUCAGCAGGGAGCACCUGGACCAGGGAGCCGCCUACCUCUGCUUGCUCAUCGACAUCAUGAGGAAGAACACGGGCUGGACCGCAGAGCAGAACUUGAAAGGUGCUGUGGCUUGCUACAUCGCAGGUCAGGAAACAGUCAUCGGUUUGAAGUACGAUGAAGUGGACAGCGUCACGCCGAACAACGACUUUGCAAACGACGUGAUCGCCAGAGCGCAGUGGUAUGCUAAGAACCACUUUAAAAUGUUGUAGCCUCACAAUCUCAAUUUUCUCUUUUUCUGCAUCGCACAGUCAAACUGUGGUCACCUUAAAGGGCGGCUAAAUAUAAGAGAAGAUAUUUUUACUGGAAGGAUUAAAAAAACAAAACAUGUUAAUAUACAUAUAUAUAUACAUAUAUAUGUUUGUGAAGUUUUACUGGAGAAGUGUUAAAUCUCAAACAGCCUAGGGGCGCUGGUGGCGCAGUGGUUAGUGUGCGCCCCAUGUAUGGAGGCUGUAGUCCUCAAAGUGGGGGGCCCGGGUUCGAAUCCA